AUGUUGAUGUUCUGUCCCACGUGUGGAAAUCUUUUGGGUGUUGAAGAAGGACCCAAGUGUUUCCGUUUCUCUUGCCGUACUUGCCCUUACGUGUUCAACAUUACUCGAAAAGUUAGCAGCAAAUCAUUCCCCAAACUUAAGGAAGUGGAUGAUGUAUUAGGAGGAGUUGCUGCCUGGGAGAAUGUGGAUUCCACUGAAGCAAAUUGCCCCAAGUGUGACCAUUCAAGAGCUUACUUUUUGCAGAUGCAGACACGAUCUGCAGAUGAGCCUAUGACCACCUUUUACAAGUGCUGCAACCACGAGUGCUCCAACCUGUGGCGUGAUUAG